CAAUCAAAUACAGCUGCGCCAUUUCCUCUUUGUCCAUUGAGGAAAGAGCGCUCGCUGCAGACGCGCCACAAGGCUGAAUUACCACGACGCUGUUGCUCAGGAACUCUAUUACUACUGUUAUUAUUUUUUUGCGACAGAUUUUUUUUAUCCUCAGCGAGGCGCACGACGCUCCAUUCGUUAAAUUCGCUCGUGCUCGCGGGUUUGAUUUACGCUAUUGCUAACAAAGGCCAAACAGUCCGCCAUCGCGCUGAGCCAGGAGCACAAGUAAGGCAAAAUGGAAGACACUAAAUACCUACCUGAGCUCCUUGCCGAAAAGGACAGUCUGGAUUCAUCGUUCACACACGCCAUGAAACUAAUUUCUGCUGAGAUUGAGAGGAUCCAGAAAGGCGACACAAAGAAGGAACAAGAGAAAGAGACCUAUUUGGACCUGUUUGCCACAAAAACACUCAAACUCAAAGAACGAGUACUCAUUCCAUCUAAGCAGUUUCCCAGGGUCAACUUUGUCGGUAAGCUUUUGGGACCUCAGGGCACCACAAUCAAGAGGCUUCAAGAGGAGACAGGUGCAAAGAUUUCAGUCUUGGGGAAAGGUUCCAUGAGGGAUAAGACUAAGGAGGAAGAGCUGCGAAAUGGUGGGGAACCUAAAUAUGCUCACCUCUCUAUGGAGUUGCAUGUUUUCAUUGAGGUGAUGGCACCCAUCCCAGAUGCCUACCUACGCAUGGCUCAUGCUAUGGAUGAAGUCAAGAAGUUCCUGAUCCCAGAACCUUGCGAAUAUGAGCCAUACAUGGACCCCCACUUCCUCAAUGGAUCACAGGAUGGUUCAGGCAGAGGACGCGGUGGACAUCCGGGAAGAGGUCGGGGUGUUCCUCCAGGGCCGAGAGGCCGUGGCAUGCCUCGUGGUGGUCCUCGUGGCGCUAUGCGUGGUGGAGCCCCACGAGGAGGAAUGGGCCGGGGUAAUGGCAGAGGUGCACCAUCUGGUAGGGGAGGACCAGCAAACGCUUCUGGUAGGGGUGCAGCUGCUUCCCGCUCCAGGCCCCCUUCGGCUGGAGCGCCAAGAAUGCUUCCCUCUGCUGCCCUUUCACACCAGCAAGUUCCCCCUUCGGGGUCUCAACCCAAACCCGAGUCCUAUGAAGACUAUCCUGCUUAUGAGGAUUCAUAUGCAGAGCCAGCCUAUGAGGGGUAUGAAAAUUAUUAUAGCCAACAACCCGUUCCUGCGGAUACUGAAUAUUAUGACUACGGACAUGGAGAGCCCCAGGAAGCCUCUUAUGAGCAAUAUGGUCAAGAGGACUGGGAGAACUCGUGGUCUGGAGCCGGAGGGAAGGCUGCUCCAGCCAGGCAGACGAAAGGAAACUAUAGAGAGCAUCCCUAUCCAAGAUACUGAGCGGCUACUGGUAGAGAGUUGCUAUAGCAACUGUCUUCGAUUGUAACCCACUUAACGUUUCAAAAGUAAUUUCCUUCUCGUUUUCCUCACCCUUUUAUAUAGUUUUUUGUUUUUUAAACUUGGUACAAAUUUUGUUGGCUGUCACAGUUCCAGGGGUAAAAAGGUUUUGUCUUCACCAUAUUUUCAUUUAAUAACUGUUACAAUAGAGUAGUUUGCAGUUGAGGUCAAUUGUGACGUAAACUUAAGGCAUUCACAUUUUAAUAUUUGCUGGUUAUUUUUUAAUUGUACCAUAAAAUGUUAAACGUGGCGAGAAAAACAAAAGGUAUAAUUACAGAAUGCAAACUUAAAUUAGCCUUGUUUGAUUUAGAAACAAUUUUGUGGUGCAACACAAAUCUUACAACUGUCGUCUUUUUAUCAAGUGGUCUCAAGAUGUUAUACUAGUAAAUUCAACAAAAAAAUGCCUGAUACUUUAUGUUGCACCAUUAUUUGCAAAAUAAAAUGUCUGUAUUGGAAGGCUGCAGCCACCUCAAUAUUUUGUAUAUAAUGUAGGACAGUGUGUUUGAAGCUGCACUAAAAUGCAUAAUUGUGUACUUCUGGCUAAAUAGGAUACUAAAUAUACCCCCAAAUGUCUUUGCAGUGCGUUUUUCAAUAAAGUUUGUAGUUUCAGUUAAAAUGAUUUAAACAUGUUAUUUUGAUUUUGUUGUACCAAAAAAAGAUUUCCGUUGGACAAAGUGUACCAGUGUAUUUGACGCUGACCAAGCUAUGUAUACUGUUUACCUUUUUUCUUUUUCUUAAAAAAAACACCACAAAACUGUUUUGACAUUGAGCUUAGUCUAUUUUUUCCCAAACUUUCUAAACUACACUUGUAAUGUCAUCUACAAAAAAAAUAAAGCUCAUCAUUCCAUGAGGUAAUGGUUUGCCAAAUAUAA